AAGGCAUUGCUGUGCCUGGGUCCUAACGCCGAUAUCGCUCUCUUUCUCUCUCAGGCUGAGCCGGCCGGAAGUCACGUGCCGUGCCAGCCGCGCCAGUGAUUGGCUGGACUGGAUUAGCUGAGGCCGUGAUUGCUGAAGUGUCUGUCAGGUCUGAUGUCUUGGAGGAGCCCCUACCCUGCACUUCCCUCUGAAGAGAAAGAGGAGAAGGCCUGCUCUCUCUGGGAUCCAGUGACUACAUCACAUCAGGAACCCUGAAUGUCCACGGUACAUUUCAUCAACAUGGAGUUCUGAAGUCCAUGUGGCUCCUUGCAGUGCACCAGGUGUUAAGGAAAAUGCAGAGACGACACAGUAGCAACACGGACAACAUUCCACCUGAAAGAAGCCGCAGCCAGGCACUCAGCCCGGAGGCCAGCGUGGAUGAGGGUGGUGUAUUUGAGAGCCUGAAGGCAGAGACCACCUCCCCUCCUGCACUGUUCUCAGGCCUGGCAGGUGGCCUACCUGCCAACCCCUUCCCAGCAGGCCUGGUGCUGGGCUCCACAGCAGGUGGUGGGGACGUGUUCAUCCCGAUGCCAGCCACCAGGGAUGAGGCCGGUGGCCGAAGCACCGAAGGAAGCAGCUACCACCACCGCCAGUCCCACCACCACUUCCACCAUGCUGCCCACCGAGGGGGCUCCCUCCUGCAGCACGUGGGUGGGGACCACCGUGGGCACUCAGAGGAAGGGGUUGAUGAGCAGCCAGGGACUCCGGCACCAGCGCUGUCAGAGCUGAAGGCUGUGAUCUGCUGGCUGCAGAAGGGACUGCCCUUUAUCCUUAUUCUUCUGGCCAAGCUGUGUUUUCAGCACAAGCUAGGCAUUGCUGUGUGCAUUGGGAUGGCCAGCACUUUCGCCUAUGCAAACUCCACCCUCCGGGAACAGGUGUCAUUGAAGGAGAAGAGAUCAGUUCUGGUCAUCUUGUGGAUUCUGGCCUUCCUGGCAGGGAACACUCUGUAUGUCCUUUACACCUUCAGCUCCCAGCAACUCUACAGCAGCCUCAUAUUCCUGAAGCCCAACCUGGAGACACUGGAUUUCUUUGACCUGCUGUGGAUCGUGGGGAUUGCCGACUUUGUGCUGAAGUAUAUCACCAUUGCCCUCAAGUGCCUCAUCGUGGCCCUGCCUAAAAUCAUCCUGGCUGUCAAGUCCAAGGGAAAGUUUUAUCUGGUCAUCGAGGAGCUGAGCCAGCUGUUCAGAUCUCUCGUUCCCAUCCAGCUGUGGUACAAAUACAUCAUGGGGGACGACUCCUCCAACAGCUACUUCCUAGGAGGGGUCCUGAUCAUUCUCUACAGUCUAUGCAAGUCUUUUGACAUCUGUGGUCGAGUGGGUGGAGUCAGGAAAGCACUGAAGCUACUUUGCACCUCGCAGAAUUAUGGGGUCCGAGCCACGGGGCAGCAGUGCACAGAAGCGGGUGCCAUCUGCGCCAUCUGCCAGGCUGAGUUCCGAGACCCUAUGAUUCUCCUGUGCCAGUGUAGCCAGGUAUGGUGGUGUACAUCUUUAAUCCCAGCACUUGAGAGGUGGAGGCAGAAGAAUCUCCCUCUACAAGUUCAAGGCCAGCCUGGGCUCCAUUUGGAUUUCAAGACAGAGGAUGAUAAUAAAUGGCUGUGUUUUUAUGAAAUUUAAAUUGAGUCUGGAAUUGUCAGUAGUGUCAGCCCAGUUCUUUGAGCUUUGACAAAUCCUCAUCCCAGUCAUGCAAUAAUGCAUUGGAAACAUGGUGAGGACCAUGUUUCCAUCAUCAAACUUUUCAAUGACUUUAAACUUCUUCCAGAACAAAAGGGUUUGUUUGUUUUUUUAAAGAAAAAAAUUUUAUGCAAUAUAUACCAGGAUAGAGCCAGCAAAGUGGCAAGGUGUCUGAGCAGGUGAAGGUGCUUGCUAUACAGCCUGAUGGCCUGAGUUCAGUCCCUGGAACCCCAUAAUUCUCCUCUGACUUCCACACAUGCACUGUGGGGUAAGCGUACACACCAAACAAAUAAGUAAUGAAUGCAGACAUUAGCGAGAGGCUGUUUGCCCUCAUCUUCAGGUCUCGUCCCGUCCUGGCCCUCACAAGCAACUCUGUGACCAGCUUCCUUUAUUUCUUGCCACAGAUAUUUUGUAGACUUUACAGUCAUGGCAAACAUAUCAUGCACAUGUGUUAUCUGGAUACAUGUAUACAAACAUACACAUCCAUACACAUCUUUUAAAACAAACUGAGCUUGCCACAUAGUCUUCCUGAGCUGUGUGUUGCUCUGCACCUUUGUAGCCUGUGACUAGCGCUUAGAAAUCAGUCCUUAUUCAUACUUAAGAGCUGCAGACCUGACAUUCUGGGAAUAGACCGCCAUUUGUUUAGUGAUUUCCUCACUGAGGCACACAGUCUUCUAGCAUCUUUUGUUGCUGCAAAGAUGGCUGUCUCAAAGGUUACUGAAAUAGAUUGAUUAUGCCUGCCUGAGUCUAUGGUGUUGAUUAAAUGAAAUCACUCAGGUAGAGCCUCCCAAGCCUCACGUGGCCUGUGACUGGGGUUCAGCACAAGGUAGCUGUUCCCAGCAGGUGUUCUGUCUUGGAUGUGGACAUGCCCUUAGUAAUGUGAAUUCCUAGUGGUAGAAUUACCGGGUCAGAGGGUCCUCCAUUUUGGUGGAUCUUGCUAAAUUGCCUUCUUUGGAGAGACUACGUGCCUAUUCUUCAUACGGAGUGUGGCCAGCUCCUUACUCCUACCCUCGCUUGCACACACAGGCAGUGUUACCAAACCCCUUGCUUUGCCAGACUGACAGGUGACAGUGCUGUCUCAGCUCUGCUUUCAUUUGCAUUUCCCUAAUUAUGAGCGUGGCUGGGCAUCUCUGCUCGUGCUUUGGAGCCAUCUGUAUUUCCUGCUCUGUGACAGGGAUUAUCUGAACAUGAUGGCAAGUCAUUCUCCUGGCAGUCUCUCUGUGCCUCAAUCUGUCUGUCUCUUCCAUUCUCCCGGGUAGCACACCUUCCCAAAGGUGGGAUGAGGAAUUCUUGGCAGAGGGUGAACAAGACACCAUUGUCUUAGAUCUGGGAGUGACAGCCACAUACAGUGGCUAACUGAACUCGCAACUCCACCUUGCUCUGCUGCAGUGUGGUGGGUCUGCAAGGGCAGAGAAGACCCAUACAGAUAAAAAGGACUUAUUGUCAUUGAAUGAAUGAAUGAAUGAAUGAAUGAAUGAAUGAAUGAGCUCAGGUGUCACUUAAGAAAUAUUCCCCAUAACUAGAACUAAUAAAUUUAAAAAAAUAAAAAAAUAAAAGAUUCCCCAUUCAUGCUUCCCCAGACUUGCCAUGUUCCUGGCUACUAUGGUCUUACACACCAUGGUCUUACACAGUGUGUUCUUAUACAUUAUGGUCUUAUAUACCUUAUACCCUGUGGGUUUUCACCACAGAUCCCUUUUUAGUUGUUACCAUGAUAAUUUAUGGAGUUAAUGAUUGUGCAAGAUCUGUCUCCCCUUGGCCAAACUGCAAGCACCUUGAGAGUGGAGGCUAUGACUGUUUUGUUUAGCAUCAGAGACAUAGUUCUGGCACAGUGAGUAUUGGGUGGGUGGAUAGAUGGGAUGAAUGGAUAUGGAUGAAUGGAUGAAUAUGGGUGGGUAGAUAGCUAGGUGAAUGGAUGACUAUGGAUGGCUGGACAUGGAUGAUGGAUUGAUAUUAACACAUGGGGAUAGAUGGAUAGGUAGGUGGUUGGAUAGGUGA